AUGGCGACUCUAGAGAAUGGCCAUACCAAUGGCCUGAACGGCGAAUCCCAACCUUUCUCUUUUAACCAGCGCUUCUCCGACAUUCCUUCGGCCAUCGAUAUUCCCGCGUCGACCCUCGAUAGCGAAGUCGAGGUCAGUCUCGAAGGGCUACCCGAUGAUCCAACUGAACUGUGCACGUUGCUGGAGAACGAAAAAGCUGCAAAGAACUUUUGGGUGAUCAUCGCGCUCGCGUACGCGAAGCAGAAACAGAUCGAUCAUGCCAUCGACAUCCUCAACAAAGGCCUGGCUUCAGUGGCUCACGGAGCGACCAAGGAGAAGCUCGUGCUGCUGGGCUGGGUAUGCUGGCUCUUGAUGCUGAAGAGUCGGCAGGCACCUCGCGUUGCGUCGGAAGGGGAGCUGUACACAGAGGCCAAGACUAAAGAUUACUAUCUGCAGCUGGCGACGUCAACGUUGAACGAGGCAUCACGUUUGAAUCCUGCGUUUCCGCCCUUGUUCCUGGCGAGAGGUGUUUUGUCGCUGCUGCGCGCUUCGUUGUACCCUCCGCGACCUGUUCGACCGGGGACUGUAGAUACAUCCGAGAGAGUGGAAUCACUACGACAGGCGUUGAAAUGCUUUGAUGAGUCGUCUAAGGCCUUUGGCGGCCGGAACAUAAUGGCUAUCAUGGGACGUGCCAGAGCGCAAUAUCUACUGGGAAGAUACGCGGAUGCGCUGGACGGGUAUCAAAAAGUUUUGAUGAGAAUGCCCAACCUGACCGACCCGGAUCCGCGAAUUGGUAUUGGUUGUUGUUUGUGGCAGCUUGGUUUCAAGGAUCAGGCAAAAGUUGCUUGGGAGCGGGCAUUGGCAUUGAACCCCGACUCCAAGGUUGCUAAUAUCCUACUCGCAGUCUACUAUCUCUACGACAGCUCUCGGCACGCGACAACCGACCCUGCGUUUGGUUCGCUAUACAAGGUUGCGAUGACACAAUACACUCAAAAAGCUUUCAAGCUCGACAAGGAAUAUCCAAUGACGUGCGCCCUGUUCGGAAGCUAUUUCCUUUUGCGAAAAUCCUACUCCACGGUCGACACACUAGCCCGUAAAGCCAUUGAACACACGGACGUGAUGUCGAUCGCCAGUGAUGGGUGGUACCUCCUAGGACGGAAAGCGCACUACGAGAGCGACCUCGCACGCGCUGCCGAAUAUUACAACCGCUCCGACCAGGCGCGGGGAGGCGGGGAUAAGGGGUAUCUGCCUGCCAAAUUCGGCACGGUACAGAUGCAAGUGAGCAACAAGGACCAGGACGGAGCAAAAUUCCGACUGGAGAAGAUCAUCCAGCAGACGAAGAACCCCGAAUGUAUGAUUCUGCUCGGCGCUUUGCACGCGGAGGAAGUCUUUGCCGCGCAGCGGAGCGGUAGCAAAGAAGACAAGUCCACAGAGGCUAAGAAGGCGAUCAGCCUGCUAGAGUCAGUCCGUGCACUGUGGAAAGAAACUGGUGGGAAGAAGAUCUCGCCAGAUGAGUCAGUACUGGUGUACCUGGCUCGGCUGUACGAGCAGAUAGCUCCCGAGAAGAGCAUGCAAUGCCUGACGCAGCUGGAGCAGAUGCAACUGGCGGAGGUCCCCGUCGACGGGCUCCCGGACGACGUCGAGGAUGAGGACAAGAGGAAUGCACUUCUGCGGGAGAACCUUCCGCCACCGCUUCUGAACAAUAUGGGCUGUUUCUUGUACCAGAACGAGAAGAUUGACCAGGCACGCGCGAUGUUCCAGACGGCGUUGAACGCGUGCGUCAAGUCCCAGGAGAAAAAGGAGUCGGACGCCGACACCGAUGCGCUCGUGACUACGGUCAGCUAUAACCUUGGUCGGACAUACGAAUCCUCCGAUAUGCCUGAGGAAGCCAAGAAGGUCUACGAAGGACUAUUGGAGCGACAUGCAGACUACACUGAAGCGAACGCACGUUUGACAUACAUUGCACUCCGACAGAGUCCUACAGACGAAGGACCGAAGCGGAUGGCCAAGUUAUACGAGGUCGACUCGACGAACCUUGAAGUGCGGGCGCUGUUCGGGUGGUACCUGAGCAAGUCCAAGAAGCGGGCUACCAAUCUGGCGGAAGACCAUGAGCAGCGACACUACAAGCACACGCUGCAAUAUCAUGAUAAGCAUGACCGGUACUCGCUCACGGGAAUGGGUAACGUCCACUUGGUAACGGCCCGAGACAUGCGCCGCGACACAGAUCAAGAGAAAGAAAAGCGACGCAAGAUGUACGAACGUGCCGUCGAAUUCUUCGACAAGGCGCUCCAAUUGGAUGCUCGGAAUGCCUACGCGGCUCAGGGUAUUGCGAUUGCCCUGGUUGACGACCGCAAAGACCAUGCAACGGCGGUACACAUCUUUUCGCGGAUCCGCGAUACACUGAAAGACGCCAGUGUGUACCUGAACCUUGGGCACGUGUAUGCCGAACUACGCCAGUAUUCGCGGUCGAUUGAGCACUAUGAAUCGGCCCUCUCUAAGGACCGUGCGCGCGACGCGCAAAUCUUGGCAUGUUUGGGCAGGGUUUGGUUGCUCCGAGGCAAGCAGGAGACAAACCUAUCCGCCAUGAAAACAGCCCUAGAGUACGCGCAGCGAGCUCUCAGCGUCACGCAGGGACAAGUACAUCUGGAGUUCAACGUCGCAUUCGUCCAGAACCAGAUCGCACAGCUGGCGUACGGCCUACCCGAGACUCAGAAGACGGUGAAAGAAGUAGAAGAAGCCGCAGCGGGUCUCAAUGAAGCCGUGGAGACGUUCGGGCGCUUGGCCAAGGCUAAGAACCCACCGUAUCCGGCGGAUUCCCUAGAACAGCGUGCGAAUAUGGGCAAGACCAUCAUGAAACAGCUGGACCGUGCGCUGCAGAAGCAGAAGGAGUACGAAGAGAAGAACGCGAGCAAGCUACAGCAGGCGCGGGAGGCACGAGAAGCCGCGAUCAAAAAGCGGGAAGAGGAAGUGCUCAAGGCGCGCGAGAUGGAACAGGAGCGGAAGAAGAAGGUUGCAGAGGAGCGACAGGCAAUGGUUGAAGAAGCACAACGCCUAGCUGAAGAGCGGACGGCGCGCGAACGAGAGAAGGAGGAGGCGGUUAUGACGACGGACUCGGACACAGGUGACAAGGUUAAGCGGAAGAAGAAGUCGUCAAAGCGCAAGAAGAAGGACGAUGAUUUCAUCAGCGAGGGUGAAGGGGAAGGUGAAAGAGGAAGCGGCGAUGAAGAAGAGGAUGGUGGUGCAAGCCGCAAGAAGCAGCGCAAGGCAAAGAAAAAGAAGAAGCCGAGUGAGGAUGCAGAGAGCGGAGACGAGGAUGACGGUGCUGCACCUAAGAAACGACGCAGGCUGGAACGGCGGUCUGGCGGUAAGGUGCAGCAGGGCAAGUUUAAGAGUAGUGAGGUCGUGGAGUCGUCCGAUGAGGACGAAGCUGAACCUGCGGUGACGGAAGACAAGGAUGAGGAGAUGCGUGAUAGCGCAACUGCAGAAAGACAAGAGGGUGAGGAGGAAGAUACAGUACAGCGACGACGGAGCAAGCCUAGUCGCCGUGUUGCUGAUGAUGAUGAGGAUGAAGAGGAGGCAGGAGAGACUGGAGCUACUGGAGCUACUGGAGCAAAAGGAGGAGGUGGUGGUGGUGAUGACGAGGAUGAGGAUGACUUGUUCAAUGACAAGGGGGAUGAAGACACGGAGAUGAAGGAGGAUGAGUAA